AUGGAUCCCUUCAGCCGACUCCCUUGGUUUGCUCUGCAAAAUGUCCUGUCCGCUCUGCCAGAUCUACCGUCGCUCCACAGACUACACAACACAUCCACGGAAGUCGCAACCUUCCUGCACCAAAACAAUGACCUAUUCGCCCGGAUUGUGGAUGCCAUAAUCGAAAACACGGCCCACGAAAGAAGCCUGUUCCCGGUUGUGCAGCGUGAUGUACGGCAACUGGUGAUCAUCUGGGCUGAGCAGUCAAGAAGGCGGCAACAGCAGCCAACUGAACAGAACGAACAGCAAGAAACAGCCGGAAACCCGAGUGUCCUCGACAACCUGCGAUACCUUGCGAGACAUGGUUUCGGCCGCCUAACACCGAAUUUAGGGAGCAUAUCACCGUCGACGCCAGCAGCUGUUCUGUGUCGGCUGCUCGCGCUAAUGUCCCGGUUGCGCUGCCUCGUGCAUGCGUCAUUCCACGCACUGGUUGCGAAGUCCCUCCAGCUCCGGAUCGAGCACUUACCGAAGAAAAGUUUAUAUAUCAAUACACGCAGGCUUGGGCCCAGCCAUCGUCCGCAGGGGAUCCCUUAUACGCCGGUUGAUGUUGGUCCAAUGAUGUGGGUUGAAGAGCAGCGCCUGCUCGAGAGCUUUUUCUGUAUUGCCAUCUUCUACGAACUGCGCAAGAUGUAUGCGAAUUUCUCCGUGGUCUCGAUGCGAUCAGAAACCUUCCAGAUUUCGUCGCACGAUACGGUCGAGGACUUUUGGAAGAAAGUCUUUCAGGGCGAGAAGGGUGGCCAGCUGGAGCAGAUCGCCACGACUCUUUCCUGGUUAGAUGGUCAGGCCGGACGACGUGAAAACGUGUACUCAUGGCUGGCCUCCGGACCGGUUUCAACGGAAUACCUUUCUUACUACCCAUGUUAUACACCGUUGAAUGAUGAGCAAUGGGAGGACGAAAAGACCUAUAUACAUGACUAUCAUUCCUCGCAUGGUGCAAUGUCUUUGAGUGCAGCUCGAUGUUCUUUAACUUCGCCGCUGCGAUGCGUGGAUUAUGCGGCCUUUCGCCCGUACGGUCUGAUCUUCUGGAGUGCCACUCGGAUGGACGCUUUGGGAUUUCGGCUGGUGUUUGGGAUUGGCCACCAUAUGUGGUUUGCACUGUCCUUUGUCCUCACGGAUAAGGAUUGGGAAGACCUAGUCGCACGGCAGCUGGAUCGGAGCUUCAACCCGAUCACAAUGUAA